CUGUCAUUGCUAACAAAAAUUUUCAACUACAUAUUUUUUUGAUAUAUAUACAAUAUGAAAUUUAUUAUAAACAUUUUAAUUGCAACUUUUUGCGGACUCGGUUACAUCUAUGGAAAAACAUUUAUCACACGUUAUGAUUGGUGUGAUUAUUUAGUAACAAUCCUUAAACAAGAUACUAAAAUUGAUCAACUGCUGUUAUUGUAUGAAGCCGAUUUCAACAACAGUGGAAUUUAUCAAAUUGCGAAAAAUGUUUCCCGAAUUAAACCAACACAAAUUGCUGAUUUUAGGAAUAUUACAAAUUUUAACAAUCAACGGAUGCUGAUAUUUCCUCUACUUCAGACAACGUUGAUUCUUAUUGUUUCCAGCAGAAAUUCCAAUCAAAAUUUAUCAAAUAUUUACAAUGUUAUGAGAUCUAUUGUUGAGUUAUCAACACCACAUCCACGUCCCAAGGUACUGAUUAUAACAAAAGUUAAAAAACGCGCAACAUAUCAAAAUUUCUUUCAUCAAUUGUGGUCUAAACAAUUUUUGGAUCUCUCAAUCUUAGAGGUUAAAGAAAUUUUUCCAGGAAACUCGAAUCGCGAAAUUGCUAAACUACACCAUUACAAUCCAUUCACUGGAAUAUCUGUUAUAAAAAAAUUCUCAAAAAAGAGCAUUUUGUUUCCUAACAAACUUCGUGAUUUAAACGGUUAUCAAAUAAAAGCAGGAAUAUUUCACUAUCCACCUUACGUCUACGUUAAACGCAAUUCAACAGGACAUGUUCUAAACGUUGAAGGGCCAGACAUUAAUUGGAUGGUCGUGAUGUCAAAGUAUUUAAAUUUUACCUUGGAGAUAGUGAUUUCAAAUACUUCAAACUGGGAUAUAAUAAAUUGUAAUAAAGUUAAAAAUGUCGGCAUUAUGAAUAAAACAAUUCACAAUGAAAUUCAAUUUAUUGCUAUUCAAUCUGCAUUCUACGAUACAUGCUUAAACAAUUUUGUAGCUAUUUCAAAAGGUACAAGAUUAUUUAGAUUCGUUGCUCCAGCACCAAUUUUGCCAAGUGAUGUUGCAAUUUUCACAAACGAAUUACAACUAUUUAAUCUAAGCAUUAUUUUAUCUCUCUUUUUGAUACCAGUAUUAAUAGCCAGGUACUUUAAUUUUGAUCGUCAAAAUUGGACAAUGAUGUAUACUAUUCAAAUGGUACUAGGAUCCUCUAUUCCAAAAAUGCCAGAAAAAAUAAUGGAAAGAAUAAUUUUCUCGUCACUGUUAUUCUUCUACUUUCUGCAGUCAACGUUCAUAUUUAGUAGUCUAUCAGAAAUGCAAUUGAAGAAAAAAACUUUUCGAACAAUGGAUACAUUUCAAGAUUUAGUUGACGCUCAUUUGACACUUAUUCUAAAUCAAAAUCUUACUGAAGAUGGAAUAUUUGAUGAGAAGGAUCCUUUUCAAAAGUUAACAAUGAAUGCAAUCGUUUCGAAAGAUCCCCUUGAUAAAUGGUUAGAAUAUUUGAUUGUCAAUCGAAAUAUUACCUAUUCAUGUAGGGAACAUUUAGCACUUUUGUAUUUUCGAACGAGGCGUAAUACCAACGGAGAGCAAAAAGUAAAAAUUAUAAAAGAAGUUUCAGGAUUAUGGCCAAGUGGAAUAUAUCUUGAAGAUGGUUCUCCUUACAGGAAUCGAUUUGAUCGUAUUAUGUCGGUCUUUAUGGAAAGUGGUAUCAGUAUCAAGUGGGAUAAUAAAUAUAUUCCUAAGUUGAUUAAUCAAGAAAAUCAUGUUGAUCUAUUUAAGCAAGAACUCUCCGUGACGUCUAAAGUUUCAAAAUUGUUGAUUAUUCUUCUUCUUUUUGGAUAUUCUUGUUCAGUUUUAAUUUUUGGUGUUGAAAUUGUAAUCGAUAAAUAUUUUAAAUCCUAA